AUGAGGAAUUUUGAUUUUUAUAAUAAUGCAACUUGGCAAGAAGUCAAACCAAAAAUUAAAGCCAUCAUUGAGUAAUUUUAAUAAUAAUCAAAGACAAAAUUUGAAGAUCUUAAAUCAUUCUAUCAAGAUCUUGAGUAUGAUCAUUCUUUUAUUUAAUGGAUGUUUCCUAACUUUUAUGCAAGUAAGUUCAAUCCAAAUUCUUAUAAACUAAAUCUAGAAGAAAGAAAUAGGAUGAUUAAAUCAUAAACUAUUCUAAAGAGAUUUCAUUAAAAUUAUAUAUUAAUUUUACGAUUCUUUGGAAUAUAAUUAAGAUCAAAUUAAAUUGUCAUUAUAGAUUUAACUGAUGAUUCUAUUAAAUUUAAUUACUUCUCUUAACCAUAAACACAAAUUAUAUAAAAAUAAAAGAGCAUAUAAGGUACUAUAAAUUAGAAAGUAUAAUCACAAAAUGUUAAUUAAAAAUAAAGUGAAAACUCUAAAAUUAAAUAAACUACUAUAGAUUAAUUCAUUAAAGAUAAAUAGUAAAUUCUUAAGGAUGACUAAUAAUUUUAAUAAUAAAAAAAAAUAGAUAAUUAGAAAAAUAUUUAAAUUUAGAAUACUAAUAUUGAAUAUAAGAUUGAUCAAAUAAAUGAAAAUUAAUAAUAAGAAUUAGUAUUAAUUGAUAAGAAUUAAUUUGAAUUAUGUUGUUUAAAAAAUACUCAUAAUCUAUUAAGAUUAAAGAGAAUUCUUUCAUCCUUGAGUGUUUUGAAACAUAGAAAGGAAGCAAUUUAACUUUGUUAGUUUUUGAAAAAAUAAUUAACUAAUUUGGGAAAAGAGAAAAUCUACUAGGAGUAUUUUAGUGGAUUUGAUAGAUAUGAUGAAGAAUUAACUAAAAAUGAGUUAAAAAAGAAAAAAGGUGAGAAUAGGUAUUUCAAUGCUUACAAGUUGCUUUAUGUAGAUGAAGAUUUGGUAGAGAAAGUAGACAUUUCGUUAAUUUAAUGA